AUGACACGAGCACAAAUUCGAGCUAAGAAUGAGGUACUUAAUGUUCAUCAAGAAUAUUGUGUGUUUAACGUGUUUAUUUCGAAACUUGAACCCAAAACAGUAAAGGUUGCAUUAGAACACUUAGAUUGGGUUGAUGCAAUGCAAUCUGAAUUGACAGAAUUUGAACGAAACAAAGUUUGGAGCUUAAUUCCUAAACCAAAGGAUGUUUCAUUAAUUGGGUUUAAAUGGAUUUUUAAGAAUAAGACCGAUAAAGAAGGAUCAGUUGAUCCCACAUUAUCUCGAAAGGAAGUUGUGAAUCACCUGAUGCUUGUUCAAAUUUAUGUCGAUGAUAUAGUUUUUGAUUCAACUGACCCAUUGUUGUUAAAGGAAUUUGAGGAGCUUAUGAAAAGCAAGUUUGAAAUGAGCAUGAUGGGAAAAAUUAAUAAUUUCCUGGGUUUACAUAUUCAUCAAAGCAAGGAAGAUAUCUUCAAAAAUCAAGAAAAAUACACGUGCAACCUUCUUGAAAGAUUUGGGAUGACGAAUAGCAUAAAAUUGAAAGUACCGAUCGUAGUUGGAACACUCUUGAAUCCUUCGUUGGAAAAGCCAGCAGUGGACUUAAGGACAGUUUCGUUGGGUCUUUGGUAUCCUUCAAAGACAGGAUUCUUUGUUCAAGAUUUUUCACACGCAGACCUAGGUGGAUGUCAACUGGAUCGCAAAAGCACAAUAGGUAAUUGUCAAUUGUUGGAUGGGAAUCUUGUAAGCUGGCAAUCAAAGAAACAAACAUGUGUUUCGAUUUCUACAGCAGAAGCAGAGUAUAUGGUUGCUGCAACUUGCACUUCUUAA